GCUGCCGCCGCUUUCGCAACAGACCCAACAGGACCCGGCAGGGGGCGGGGGAGAUAGUGGGGUGUACAUUCAGAACCCCGGUACUUUACUAUCGCAGGGCCAGGACUGAAGAUAGGCAGAAAGUUUCGGGUAACCCCUACCGAAGCAGGGACUGCGCCACCCUCUGCCGGGAUAUGGAGCUGCUGUCGCCGCCGCUUCGAGACGUAGACUUGACUGGCCCCGACGGCGCCCUCUGCAACUUUGCCUCCGCGGAUGACUUCUAUGAUGACCCUUGUUUCGACUCCUCCGACCUGCGAUUCUUCGAGGACCUGGACCCGCGCCUCGUGCACGUGGGAGCACUCCUGAAGCCAGAGGAACACUCGCACUUCCCGGCGGCGGUGCACCCGGCGCCCGGCACGCGCGAGGACGAGCAUGUGCGCGCUCCCAGCGGGCACCACCAGGCUGGCCGCUGUCUGCUGUGGGCCUGCAAAGCGUGCAAGCGCAAGACCACUAACGCCGACCGCCGCAAGGCCGCCACCAUGCGCGAGCGGCGCCGCCUGAGCAAAGUCAACGAGGCUUUCGAGACGCUCAAGCGCUGCACGUCCAGCAACCCGAACCAGCGGCUGCCCAAGGUGGAGAUCCUGCGCAAUGCGAUUCGCUACAUCGAAGGCCUGCAGGCGCUGCUGCGCGACCAGGACUCCGCGCCCCCUGGUGCCGCCGCUGCCUUCUACGCCCCUGGCCCGCUGCCCCCAGGCCGUGUGGGCGAACACUACAGCGGCGACUCAGACGCGUCCAGCCCGCGGUCCAACUGCUCCGACGGCAUGAUGGACUACAGCGGCCCCCCGAACGGUGCCCGGCGGCGGAACUGCUACGAUGGCACCUACUACAGCGAGACGCCCGGCGAACCCAGGCCCGGGAAGAGUGCCGCGGUGUCGAGCCUCGACUGCCUGUCCAGCAUCGUGGAGCGCAUCUCCACCGACAGCCCUACCGCACCCGCGCUUCUGCUGGCGGAUGCGCCGCGGGAGUCUUCUCCCGGCCCACAGGAGGAAGCCGCCCAGAGCGAGGUCGAGCGCGGCGCCCCCACCCCUUCCCCGGACGCUGCCCCACAGUGCCCCGCGGGCGCAAACCCCAACCCCAUCUACCAGGUGCUCUGAGGGGGUGGGCGGCCGCAUGGGAGGGCUCCGCUGCCCGCGCGCCCGAGGGACGGUGCCCCUAGAGUCCCUCGCGCCCGAAAGAUUGAGCUUAAAUGCCAACCCCCACUCCCAACCGCGCUUUAAAAGCGACCCCUCCCGAGUUGGGAGAGGCGGGAGAACUGAUGUGUUUCCACUCCCGCACUCCACAGCAAGGACACAGUCCUUCUUUCCCACGCAACACCCUUCCCUGAGACUCGCUGCGAUGGCCUUUAGGUGUUCCUCCUUGGGCCAGAGCUGAUCCUCGAGGGGCCAGACCCUUCCUCUGCCUUUCCCCACGUCCCUAGGAGGGAUGGGACUAGCGCAGAUCUAAACCCCGCCUCCGGACGCCGGUGCUGCUGAGUGGGGCGUGGCCUCCCUCCCGGAGCCCCGGCGACUUUGCCGUUUGCCAGCGCCCGCGGGGCGCCCUCGCGUUCCGCGUGUCACAAGUGUUAACAGUAACCACUCCACCCUCUCUCCCCCAGUUCAGGACCACUUUUUGUAAUACUUUUGUAAUCUAUUCCUGUAAAUAAGAGUUGCUUUGCCAGAGCAGGAGCCCCUAGGGCUGUAUUUAUCUCUGAGGCAUGGUGUGCGGUGCGACAGGGACUUUGUACGUUUAUACGGCAGGUGGGCGAGCCGCAGGCGCUCUCUCAGGUGUUCGAAAUAAAGA